AUGGGGAUUUGCCAUUUCCCGUUAUGGUACUGUGUUGGGGAAAUAUCUGCUGCUAGAACGCUUUUUGGACCUACAACUCCAGCUGCAACAACGACAACGACAUCUUUAUUAAGCAGCACAGCCGCAACUUCAUUUAAACCCAGUGGAUUAUUCAGUGCUCCCGUAAUUCAGCCAACUGUUAGUCAAGCAGCACCCACAUAUAUGCCAACGUUGCAGGAUAUUAUUCAAAAUUCUGAUGCAUUAAUACGAUGUUCGACGUCUCCAGAAUUAUAUGGUGAUGAGCGUGAUUCAUUGAUUGCAAAAUUUAAUCAGCUUCAAGCUGCAUGUGGUGUUGGGAAAGGAUAUUACAAAACUGAUUUACCUCCAUUAGAAUUUAAAGUCGAUGGACCAUUUUAUUUAUAUAAAGCUGUCGUAUAUAACAGAAAUAGCGAUUAUAAGGAAAGUGAUGGUAUGGUUGUUUUGACGCUGUCAGUUCCAUACGAGCAAAUAACUGAUGGUGUUAGGCAAAAAUUAGUUGAUGCAUUGAAUGUUAUUUUGGGAAACAAUAUUAAUUUGCGCGCACAUUUGGAACAUGUCCGAACUUUGCCUGGAAAUAAUACAGAAGUAUUGUUUUACGUAACUGAAAAAGGAAAGGUGCGAAUAUCUAGUAUGGAAUUAUAUAAUUACCUAAAACAGCCAGCACAAGAGGCAGAACUUAAAAAUCAAUUAUAUGUCAGCAGUAUAGUCCCCCGCGCAAGAAUUGAAGGAACGGCUUUACAAAACUAUUUGCAGAAUCCCCCAUCUGGUUUUGAUGCUCAGAUUUGGCAGCAAGCCAUAAAUGAUAAUCCUGACCCGGAAAAAUUAAUUCCUUAUGUUAUCAGGGGAUUUGAAGAACUGCGCACUCGCCAAGAACUUCAAAUUUCCCAAACUAAUGAUCAGAACCGUGCUCUCGAUGCAUUAAAGGCUCGAGUUCAGGCUACGCAUGGUUCCAUUAUUGAUGGACAGAACGAACUCUGCUAUUACCAUCAGAAACAAAAGCAACUGUCUCACCGAAUUCUGCGAUGUCUUUCGUUACAAUUUUUGAUACAGCGAUAUAGUGUUAGUGUGGACGAACAAGAAGAAAAAUUAGAAUCACACUUAGAGGCAGUAAAUGCUUCUAUUUUAGGACCAAAUCAACUGAAGAUUUAUGUUCGUCAUCUUACCCAAAUGUUCCGCGAUAAUAGAGAAGCUUUAAAGAACAGUAUUCCUCCUAACAUAGCGAUUUCGAAAGCAUAUAUUGACCAAUUGCGCAGGUAUUUGGGUCGCGUACAGAAUGCUCUUGAAAAAGUUGUUUCGAUUAUUGAAAGUGAUAAAAAUGAUUUGGAAAUUGUUACGCGAAAUAUUCAAUGA